CACCGCCGAGUUUACGUAAACACAUUGAGUACGUUUUGUAACCACUGUUGGAAUGUCAUUUGGUAUAAUUAAACAUCGAGUUUUAUUUAAACGUUCGAUAAUAUCGAACAUGUAUCGGAGCAUAUUAAAAAAACGUGCGCUAACGCAGUGUUUUUCGAACCUUUUUUGAGCCAAGGCACAUUUUUUUCAUUAAAAAAAUACAGAGGCACACCACCAGCAGAAAAGCAUUUUAACGGCGUCACUUCCGGAAGACGACAUCCUGUCGAAGAUGGCGGCGACCUUGUGUGUGAAAUUGCUACCCAAACAAGGAUGGCUCCCCCUGAUUCAGAGUGUUCGACACGGCUCCAAAGCUGUGACCCGCCACAGGAAACCUAUGCACUUUUUGAAGCAGAAGCUGUUGGCUGUCACAGAGUACAUCCCCCCGAAACCGGCUGCUCCACCGGACGCUUACCCGACCAAAGCCGCCGUGGUUGAGGAGAGCACCUUUGCAAGGCUGCUGAAGAGGGACCUGCAGAAGGUCUUCCAGGAGUGCAAGAUGGUCGCUGUGGCCCAGAACAACGGCUGCAACGCAAACGACAUGAUAGUGCUCAAGAACAGACUGCUGAAACAUGACAUCCGUGUCAAGUUCUACUCCAACCAGGUGAUGCGCUCGUUUCUGAAUGAGAGCAUAUACAGCAACUUGGCUCCUCUCUUUAUCGGGCCCACGGUGCUGUUUGUCAGCAAAGAGCCCAAGGCCAAGCAGAUGCUGGCGACGCUGCGUGUCAGCCCACAGAUGGUCCUACUCGGCGCGUGCAUAGACGACACGUUGCUGAGCGCACAGGGUGUGCUGCGCUACUCCAAGCUGCCGUCGGUCAGCGUGGUCCAGGGCGAGCUGGUGGGCGGCCUGAGCUUGCUGGCAUCCCACACCGCCUCCUUGCUGCAGCGACACCCCGCCCACCUGACGGCGCUGCUGCAGCAGCACGUCGCGCAGCAGGACGGAGACGCUCCUCCCAAAGCGGAGGAAGCCACGUGAGAGGAACUAAUCACUGACUGACAAUAUGGACAUGUGCACAAGUGUGUUUGAAGGAACAUGCAGCCUGAAGGCUUUUCACACAAUCCUCAGUAAAACCAUCUUUAUUUACAUGACGUGCUGAAACGUUAAUCAUGAUGUCGGUUUGCUCAAUCUGAGUAGUCAUGUGCGAUACCACUGAUUUUCUUACCGAUCUGAUACCAAGUAAAAUUCAGACUGCUAUCGGCAAUACCGUUCCGAUACCGAUACUUUGUGCAAAUAUACCUAACAUGUCUGCUAAAGUUUAAAGAGUUGUGUAUUUUCAAAUAAUAACAUAGCUAUCAAAAAACAAAACUGUAAAAAUGUACCGGUAAGCAAAAAGAGCAAAAACUCCGAAUGUAAUAAGAAAAAGUUAAACAUUUAAAAUGAAUGAUUAUAUACUUACUCACCUAUAACACAAAGUUGUGUCUUUAAAUAUAUAUCUAUAUACCGUAUUUUCCGCACUAUAAGGCGCACCGGAUUAUUAGCCGCACCUUCAAUGAAUGGCAUAUUUCAUAACUUUGUCCACCAAUAAGCCGCCCCGGACUAUAAGCCGCGCCUACGCUGCGCUAAAGGGAAUGUCAAAAAAACAGUCAGAUAGGUCAGUCAAACUUUAAUAAUAUAUUAAAAACCAGCGUUCUAACAACUCUGUUCACUCCCAAAAUGUACGCAAAUGUGCAAUCACAAACAUAGUAAAAUUCAAAAUAGUGCAGAGCAAUAGCAACAUAAUGUUGCUCGAACGUUAAUGUCACAACACACAAAAUAAACAUAGCGCUCACUUUCUGAAGUUAUUCUUCAUUCGUAAAUCCUUCGUCUUCGGUGUCCGAAGUGAAAAGUUGGGCAAAUUUACGAUCCACUGGCAGAUGUUGGCGUCGUCUGGCGCUGCCUCCUCGUCUUAGUGAAGGUGUGUUCGCCUUCUGUCAUCCAUUGUUCCCACGCAGUUAGCAGUCUAGCUUCGAAUGCCCUGUUGACACCAAUAUCUAGCGGCUGGAGGUCUUUUGUCAAUCCACCCGGAAUGACGGCGAGUAUUGAAUUAAGCGCGUAAGCGUGUCUCUCAAUGUGCUGUUAUGAGCUA